UAUAGUUUAUAUUUUACUUCUGGGUUUAGUAAAAUGGCAGGCAAGAGGAAAGAAACUACUUUGCAGGUUUCCGCCACUAACCAAGAGCAAUGGGAUGAGGUUCUUGCAACAAAGGGAUUAACGGUAGUAGACGUGUACCAGCAUUGGUGUGGUCCCUGUCGAGCUGUGAUCAGCCUCCUACGAAAAAUCAACAAUGAACUCGGGGAUGACCUGUUACAUUUCGCCACAGCUGAGGCUGACAGCAUUGAUGCUCUGGAGAAGUAUCGAGGGAAAUGUGAGCCCACCUUCCUGUUCUACGGGGGUGGCGAGCUGGUGGCUGUGCUGCAAGGGGCCAACGCGCCUCUCCUUAAGAGGAUGAUCGUAGACCAACUGGCCGAGGAGAAGUUAGUGCUGGAGCAUGACGGAGAACGGAAAGUGGUAACGUUGUAGAUAACGAACUUGUGGAUGAUGAGAAGAUCGAAGAGCAGGAGGACCACCGUCAUUCAGAAGAUGGAGAAAGCAUAAUAG